AUGGACACGUUGCAUGCCAUGAAGGUGAGCUGCGAGUGGGGAGGGCGCUUCAGCCACGAUGUGGGCCGGUGUAAGCGGCCCGUGCGCAAAGGCUACGUCUACCCGGAGUUCUUCGGUCAGGUUAGUGCCACCAGCCAGUUUCUGCGUCACUGCUCUGCGCCGCGGCUGCGGAAGGAUGCCUUCACCUUCAAUGCAUCUGCGCAAGAUGUCUCCGAAGGUCGAUUGCCUUUGGAGUGCCGCUGGCUGUGGCCCAGCGUUGGCAUCCUCGCCUUCCUCGGAGCCUUCGGAGCCCUCUUGGGCCUCGCACUUCUGUCCGCCGUGGGCUUCAUCUGCUGCGGGUGUGGAUGCUGCUCCAAGAGCUCCUCUAGAUCGGCGCGGAGGUCUCGCAGCGGAGGAUCCGCGCCAGAGGAGGCGAUAAGGUUGCAUGCCGACUCCGCCGGAGGCAAGCAAGUUGCAGGAGCUGUGCAGAUCCAGCCAACAGAGGCCAAGUUUAGAGAUGAGCGCGUCAUCUACAAAAUUGAGCUGUCCUCAAGCAGAAUACCAACCGACGACGAGGCCGCGUGGCGGUUGCGCUGCCACAUGGGAGUACAGCAGAGAAUCCUAGAGAAACAGAUCCAGGCAGAGGUUUUAGCACUGCGGGCUUUGAGAACCCGCGCCAAGAUGACCCAAAGGAGGGCACGAGAGGAGGACAGCGAUGAAGAGACUAGCGAGAUCAGCGACAUCGAGGACGGUCCAGACUAUGUCACUGCUGGAGGGGAUGAGUUGGAGAAUGCGCUGAUCAUAGUUCACAAGCGCGUCCUUGAGGGUGUCGCUGCGUGGUGCGGCUACGUCUCCAACGGUGUUUGGCUGGCCAAUCUCCAGCGGGGCGAACUGCAGGAGGUUGCCAGCAGCAUCGAGAAGAACGACGCUCGCCCUCUGCUGGUGCUGUUCGCAGAGGCCCUUCUCUUGCGGACCAUGGAGUCCCUGAGUGAGCAGAUCAUGCACUGGCGCAGGCUCCGUGUUCUGAGCAUUGCACUCCGGGUGGCCUUGGCCGUUGUUGCUCCGCAAACUCGGCGCUGCAGCGCUUUCAGAGCCCUUCUUAGCUUCAGCUCCUUCGGGAACUCAGCUGAGAUGCUGUAUCUUAUUCCUCUCGUACUGCCCAUGGCCCUCGCAGUCCUCGACUGCGAGCAUUGUGAGGUGAAGAGUGCCAGCAUGAUCCAGCGUCACGUGCAGAAGCACGGCGAGGACAUGAAGGCACAAUCUUGCAUCGCUUCGACGACGGCCACCUGCGACACAUCCGCGAAAGGCUUCGACGUUGAGAGCCUGCUGGGUCGCAUCCACCAGGAGCCUACCAGUGGUGCCAAACUUGCACUGCUGCGCAAGUAUGGCCAUGAGCUUGCGUCCUACGUGGGCGAGAGUCGUAACCACACGGAGAUCAUGAAGAACGGAACGAUUGACCUGCACACCUUGAUCAACGACCUCAUCCAAAAGCUCCUCGGCGAGUUGACGGAAUCCCAGGCAUCCAUCAAUGCAUCCGUGGAUUCCUUUGCGAGCUGUGCCGAUCACCUAAAGCUGGACCAGGCAUUGGUCAACGCCCAGUCUGUUGCCAUGGCUAACACUUUGCAGCUCCGCUCGGAGACAAACUCAACGAUCACCGUCAGCGGAAACCUGGGAUCGACGGCCGACGAGGCGAACGCGGAGGGCACUCGACUGAAAGGCCUCAUCGAUUCCAAGGUCUCGCAGUACAUCUCCCAUCUGAACACGGUCGUCACGGCUGUGAAUGAGGAGACGCUUGCUAACCAGAGCCUUCAGGAUGCAAAGGACGCAGCGCUGGCGCUCUAUUCCAGUUGCGAAUGCCUCGUGAAGGAACAGCACGACAGCCUGGUGACCACCGUGAACAGCAGCAGCCGCUUGGUGCAUGACAACAUCAAUCUUCUGAAGUACCUGACCUGCAGGCUGCACAAUGGAAAGCAAUCAGACAGUUGCAGCUUGAGCAGCGACGGUGGCAACAGCAUCGACCUCCGUGCAGGGGAAGUCGUGUUAGCAGCAGAUGCCACUUGUGACCAGAGCUCGCAAGUCUCGCAAGGCUCGGGGCCGCCGCAUGGGCCUCCAGUCAAUCACCCAUUUAUAGACUUUGCAUCCACUUGUGCUUGCACUACUGGCCAGAACGACGCUUGCAAUACAAAGUGCCACGGUCCGCAGGAGGAAGGUGGGCAGACCUGCUUCACCUACACAGAUCUCGGGUCCCUGACCUGGAAAGCCUGCAUGCAAGAAGCUUCAAGGCUCGGUGCAACCCUUUGUUCGGAAGAUUACACCGACAAGGGCGGAUGGGGGGGACAUCGGCACGGCAACGAAGCUGAGCAGUUUGAGCGCUUUUAUUCGGUGAAGUUCACACCCAUCACGGACACGGCAAAGUGCGUCGUUGGCAAGCUUGACCGGGUGACAAUGAUGGACAGAUCCAUUUGCUCAGAGAAGGCCGAGUUUGACGGAGACACUUGGUGGUACCAUGAUGCUGGCGAGCUUUACUAUGAUGAGUGUGUGCACAUGGCCAGCAGCGCGGGUGCGACCGUCAUUGAUCCGUCCACAAUCGGCCAGGGUGAUGGCGCGGACUACUGGUUCUUUACCAGGCAUUCCGGAAACGUUUACCAAUAUUGGACAGGUGCUGACACGACUAGCAUGUACAAUGUUGGAUGUAAAUCUCGCGGUGGCCAGAAGAAGUGCAUGUUCGGCUUCAUGCAGGUCUAA